UUGGUUUGGCGUACACUCUGGCUGUCAGGUCUUAGUGGUAAAAAAAGUGAGAGAGAGUGAGUCCAACCGCCUGAAGGGCCAACAGGGAUCGGUAACUCAUGAGUGUGGCGUUAAGUGUCCGAUCCCAGCAGCAGAGCGGCGGCGGUGGCGGCUGCUCGGUGCGAUUAGAUACGAGUUGUCCGCGCGCCGGGAAGAAAUUCCCUGUCAUGCCGCGCCGCAAAAGAGCGCAAUUAUAAUUCGUCAUCGGUAGCCGCUGAUCCUUCAGUCAUCUGUCAACACGCUCGGUGGUUGGAUCUCGAAGAAUUCGGUCGCUUUCUGCGGAAAAAGUGAGGCCUACGGGCUUGGCUAUUAGUGCACUGUAGAAAGAGAAAAAGGGACAAAAAAAACAUAAAUUCGACACGCGUGUAACGGCUUCGGAUGAAGGUGCUCUGAUUUUGCACAAGAAAUAAAAUAAAGUGACCAUUGGGUGCAAGUGCUAGGGAAGAGGAUUUUAUUUUUGAUGAAAAACUAGUGCGACGCUGGAUUUUGUUUCUCUGCUUACUCUGAAUUGGGGCUCUACAACGAGGCAAAAUGUCACGAACGUCCAGUGAUACUCAGUUGGACAAGGUGAACCUCAAGUCGUCAAAUGUCUACAACAUCCACGGUUUAGCUAGUUCUCAGGCAUCGCUCGGGGUUCCCGCUAUUCAUAAGAACGUUGGCGGCUAUCGAGGCAGCAAUGAUUUCAUCCUGUCCGACGAUAAAAAGUCUACCAUGGACCAGAUACGGGAAAUUGGACCCUGGUGCCGACGGAAGGCUCGGAACGUUUUCCGAAAGAAAAUCCUCUACAAACGCGUCCCGGUUCUGAACUGGCUGCCGAGGUACAACGCCGAUGACGCCGUGGGAGAUUUUGUGGCCGGUUUGACGGUUGGACUUACGGUGAUUCCGCAAGCGUUAGCCUACAGUAGCAUCGCCGGAUUACCGGCAGCGUACGGUUUAUAUGGUUCCUUCAUCGGUUGCUUCGUGUACAUCAUCCUCGGGUCGUGCAAGGACGUCCCGAUGGGUCCAACAGCGAUAGCCUCGCUACUAACGUUCCAGGUUUGCGACGGCAUCUGGGAACGCGCUGUUUUGCUGUGCUUUCUGACGGGUUUGAUUGAACUGCUGAUGGGAAUUCUCGGUCUUGGAUUUCUGAUAGAUUUCGUGUCCGGUCCGGUGAGUUCGGGUUUCACGUCGGCAGCAGCUCUGAUCAUCCUUAGCUCCCAGGUGAAGGAUUUGCUUGGUAUCGUGGCGAAGGGGAAUACUUUUAUACAACAAUGGGAGGCGAUUAUAGCGGAUAUUCAUCACACGAGACUCGGUGAUUCCGUCAUGGGUUUCACGUGCAUCGUCGUCUUGCUGUUGAUGAGGCUACUACCUAGGAUUAGGCUCGGUCCGGAGGAAGUUUCGGAGCAGUCAUUGUUUCAGAAGAUUAUCAACAAAACGUUGUGGCUUGUGGGAACCGCCAGGAACGCCAUCAUCGUGAUUGUUUGCGGUUCGAUCGGUUAUGCUUUCUAUAGCAACGGCCAAGAACCGUUCAAAAUGAUUGGUGAUGUUCCGAAGGGGCUGCCCUCCUUCCAGGUGCCACCUUUCUCCGUUCCCGAGAAUGUAGAGACCGGACAGCAGGCUGAAAGCUUCAGUGACAUGCUAAGCAACCUCGGCUCUAUGCUGAUCGUAAUUCCGCUGAUCGCGCUCCUGGAGGAUAUCGCAAUUUGUAAGGCUUUUGCAAACGGCAAAUCAGUCGACGCCACCCAGGAAUUGAUUGCCAUCGGCACAUCCAACGUGGCGAACUCAUUCUUCCAAGCGUACCCGGGAACGGGUGCCCUCUCCCGAGGAGCCGUCAACAACGCCAGCGGCGUCCGAACCCCGUUCGGUGGACUCUACACCGGUAUUCUUGUGAUCCUGGCGCUACUUUUCUUCACACCCUACUUCUUCUACAUCCCGAAAGCUGCCCUGGCAGCGAUCAUCAUCGCAGCUGUCGUAUUCAUGGUCGAGGUUCGUGUCGUAAAACCUAUGUGGCGCAGCAAGAAAGCCGAUUUGAUCCCCGGAAUUGCGGCGUUCAUCGCUUGUUUGGCUCUACCAAUCGAGUACGGAAUCCUGGUCGGCAUCGGCCUCAACAUCCUCUUCAUCCUGUAUCACGCAGCUCGACCGAAAAUCCACCUUGAUCAGAUGAUAACUCCCUGCGGCAUCAAAUAUCUGAUGCUGACACCAGACCGCAGCCUGAUCUUCCCCUCAUCAGACUUUGUGCGCAACCUCAUCAACAAGCACGGCCUGAAAAAUCAAACCCCCGUUGUGAUAGACUGCACGCAUAUCUACGGGGCGGAUUUCACCGCCGCUCAGGUCAUCGAUACGCUGAUCAAAGACUUCAAGAGCCGAAACCAGAUGCUGUUGUUCCUGAACCUCAAACCAUCGGUUUGUGGUGUGUUCGAGGGAGCGGAUCUGGAGUAUCGCGUUUUCUACGACAUCGAACAGCUGGAUAAAGCGAUCCAGGAAAUCCGACGCAAAAGCUUUCAGGUGUAGUGCCAUGGGAGCUACUUUCGUACCAUUUUAAAAGCGGGAAAAGACAAACCCCCAGGACCAGUUUAACCGCAACUUAAGCUAGAGGUUACCUUUAAAAUAGUGAUAGUAGAUAAGGGGGAUGUGAUGUAGGUUCUAAGCAAGGUGCUAGAGACUGGGCGAUGUGCGGAAGUUCAGGAUGAUAACGAUUUCCAAUUGGUUAGAUGUUUAAUUUAGUUUUUUUUUCUGUUUUGGAGUUCGAAGAGGCUAUUUUUGUUAGUGUCACGUAGUCCGACACUGUGAGAGUGUUGUUGGGCUGAACCGAACUGCAUUCUUGUUUGUUCAGUUUAACCGUACUAAAAGCUAGAAGAUUGUAACACAAUUACUGUACUUAGACGUAUUUUGAAUCAAGAAAGGGCAUGAAGUAUUGUAUUAUCUAUGAUUUUGGACAGAAAUGUCAGUAAAUUAUAUUUAUAAAUUUAUUUUGCAGAAGAAUUAGUUAUUUACUCGUAAGCUGAUUAACAGUUGUA